UGCUCGGGGGAUUUGGUUACUACGCAAGAUGCCAUGAGACAAUCUGCUCUAGAGCAAGAUGCAGCUAGGGAGUAUUGUACCCAGGAAUGCCAUGAUUCUAUCCAGACAUUCCAGAAGAAAAUCAACUCUGGCUGCGGAACAAAGCAGUAUGAGUUAUAUCAGAAUGAUACUACGAAGACAUCGCCUGCGAUGUUUGCUGAUGGUCUCAUGUGGGCAUACAGCCUGACUUGUAUUCAGGAUUCAUGUACGUGUACUAUGAACAGAUCGGACUUCUGUCUGAAAGAGCUCUAUGGCCGCAACAGGACAGCCUGUUCAGACUGCACGAUGAAAUACGGAGCCGUCAUGGUGAGCUCCGAUUAUGGUCGAAGAAAACUCCCACCGAAGGCCUAUUCAUCGCUUCAGUCAUCGUGCGGUGUUCCAGCUUCCAGCUAUCCCUAUAAUUACACACCUUUGCCUACUGGAACGCCGGUAUCAGGUACACCUACUGGAUCAGCAUCUGCCACUUCGACACCCACCUGUGCUGGACAGACUUACGUCUCCCAAGGCAACGAUACGUGUCAUUCUAUAUCCAAGACUCACUCGAUUAGCACCGAUCGGCUGAUUGAGGCCAACCACCUAGACUAUGCCUGCUCGUCUCUGUCACCGGGAACUGAAUUAUGCAUCAAGGAUACCUGUACUGUGUACACUGUACAGUCGAAUGAGACCUGUCAGGACAUUAUCAGAGGACAGUCCUUUGGACUGGUACAGCUAAUUGGCUGGAAUCCAACGAUACAUCAAAACUGCGAUAAUCUCGAUUCAAUGGUCGGAAGAUCUAUCUGUGUUUCCCCCCCAGGAGGAGGUGAAUUUACUCUACCAAAGAAUAGAACCUCCUCAUCAAGAGGCCUUGCAUCCUCUAUUGUUAGCUCUUGGAUUCCAGGAGAAACAACCAUGAUGUCCAACAUCACAACUUCAUGGUACUCGCCUACUAUCAAUACAGACUACACACAGCCCCUGCAAACCCUCACCAUGAACUCGACCCUCGCAAGUCUGUUGGCAGAGAGAACCCAGUAUUGCUGGAUCGACUACGCCGAUAAUGACUACGACGAGGAUAUCCUGGUUCCUGAUGAUCUGGCUCAGAACUGCCAGACCCUGUACUCUACAUAUUGUGAUCCGGAGCCUACGGCUCCCAUUCCUAGCUCGAGGCCGGCUAUUCCGCCCAGCUGCACGCCAACGGUUCCUAGUACCACACCAGCUUCGUCCACACCGUUGAAACCAAGCAGUACCGUCAUUACCACCCCAUCUCCUAUCCAAACCGGCAUGACGCACGGAUGUACCAAAUUCCACAAAGUGCAGGAAGGAGAACCAUGUCAAGACAUAGCUGACGAUAAUGGAGUCUCGUUGGCCGACCUUAUCUCCUGGAAUCCUGCCAUAGGAAGUGAUUGUCGAACACUUCAGUACGACUAUUACGUCUGCGUUGGCAAACCCCAAUCCACGACGACGCCAUCCCCUACCAACGUUGUAACUCCUACACCAACCCAGACAGGCAUGGCAGACCAUUGUAACAAAUUCCACAAAGUGAAACAGGACGAAUCGUGCGAGACAAUUGCAAACGACGCCGGAAUCUCAAGUGGAGAUCUUAUAUCAUGGAACCCAGCUAUUGGAGACGAUUGCAGGACGCUCAAAUAUGAUUUCUAUGUUUGUGUGGGUAGAUCAUAUAAGGCCUCCGGUUCUACUUCUGCGUCAACGACUUCUAGAACGACCAGCACUGCAUCUACCACCACUAAUACUACUGGUGCUACGCCAAGUCCCACACAAUCGGGCAUGGUACAGGGGUGUAAGACAUUCCACAUGGUGAAGCAGGGCGAGUACUGUCAGCAGAUUGCAGAUGAUUAUAAUGUCUCAUUGAAUGACCUGCUUAACUGGAACCCAGCUGUUGGACAGAAUUGUGAAAGUCUUAAGUAUGACUUCUAUCUGUGUGUUGGAAAGUAAUGGCAUGACAGCAUGGGUGUCGGGUAUGUCAUGGGUAGAUCAGAA